AUGGAGAGCGCCGAGCCCCGCGCGCGGCCUGAGUGCCUGGCCGAGGCCGACGGCGGGCGCCUGGUGGAGGUGCAACUGAGUGGCGGCGCCCCGUGGGGCUUCACCCUCAAGGGCGGCCGCGAGCACGGCGAGCCGUUGGUCAUCACCAAGAUUGAAGAAGGAAGCAAAGCCGCAGCGGUUGACAAGUUGCUGGCUGGAGACGAGAUCGUGGGCAUCAAUGACAUUGGUCUCUCAGGGUUCAGACAGGAAGCCAUCUGCCUGGUGAAGGGGUCCCAUAAGACCCUGAAGCUUGUAGUCAAAAGGAGAACCGAGCUGAGCUGGCGGCCACACUCCUGGCACGCCGCCAAGGUGUCGGACAGCCCGCCUGAGCCAGCAGCCUCGCAGCUCCCCUGUGCCCGCGGCUGCCCCUCCUGGCAUGGCCGCCACCACGCCAGCUCCUCCUCCCAUGACCUGUCCAGCUCGUGGGAGCAGACAAACCUACAGCGCUCUUCCGACCACUUCAGCUCCCUGGGGAGCGUCGACAGCCUGGACAACCCCUCCCAGGGUCGCCUCUCAGCCACCAAGUCCAACAGCAGCAUUGACCACCUGGGCAGCCACAGCAAGCGUGACUCGGCCUACGGCUCGUUUUCCACCAGCUCUAGCACCCCUGACCACACCUUGUCCAAGGCCGAGGCCUCCUCCACAGACAACAUCCUCUACAAAGUCAGCCUCUGGGAGUCCUCUGGGCAGGGUGGCGGGUGGCAGGGCCAGGCCGCCAGUGACCCUCAGGGCUUAGAGGAGAGGCUCGUGUGUUUCCCUCCCAGGAUCUCCGGUGACUGUAAUAAAAGCCCCAGGCCAGAGGACAGUGCUGAGCCCAAGCUGGUCACUUCUGGGAGGUCCAAUUUUGGGCCAGUCUGGUAUGUUCCUGAUAAGAGAAAAGCACCUUCCUCUCCUCCACCACCCCCUCCUCCUCUGCGCAGUGACAGCUUCGCUGCCACCAAGAGCCAUGAGAAGGCCCAGGGCCCUGCACACUCAGAGGCGGCCACCAUGCAGCACUUUACGUCCCUGGCCCGGCCUCAGCCUCGCAUUGACGGUAAACCAGACCCCGCCGACCGGCAGCGAAGGCUGGCACGCCCCAGCAGCGGAAAGGGAGUGGACAGCUUGGGCUACCUGCCAGAGGCCCGCCUGGACUGCGGCUGGCCGUGCGCCGACGACAGGGCGGGCAGGCUCCAGGCCUCCCUGCCCGGCACAGACUUAUGCUUCCCACAGGCUGCCCACAGGGGCCAGCACCCCCGCCAGUACAGUGACGAGAGUCCCUGCUUUCCCCAGAGCACCAGGCCCCUCUCCGGCAGCAGGCAGGAGCCCCCCACUGCCCACUUCCAGGAGCAGAGUGCGGGGUGCGGCAGCCAGAGCCACUACUGCUGUGCACCUGCCAGGCAGCUGCUCCCGGGGGAGUACUGGCAUUGCGACACGGGCGUGAGCCAGCAACGUUGCCUACCUCAGCACGGGGAGGCCCUGGCCAUCCGGAAGAGAGAGAGGGGCUCCCCGCUGGAGGCAGGCUGCGCCCCAGGAGUGCAGGAGCCUCUCAGAAGAGGCCACUCUGGGAAAGCCGUCCAGAAGGACGUGGGGGACGGCUUCGGGUGGGCGGACGGCUAUGGUGGCAGAAUCUCGCCCCAGAAGACACCCAUGCUACACUGCUUGACGCAGGAGGGUACAAGCCAGGGGGGCACCGAGAGGCCAGCGCCGUUUGACACCCAGGUGGGGAAGCCCAUGCGGAGGAGCAACCGAUUUGCCACCACUCUGAGGAAUGAGAUCCAGAUGCGCAGAGCCAAGCUGCAGAAAAGCAAAAGCACAGUGACACUGACCACAGCCAGCAAAGCAGAGGACACCACUGGUGACUGGGGGCCCCAGCUGGAAGGGGCCACUGGUGCCACCCCAGAAGGUUCCUUCCCCUGCAGCUAUAAAGACCACCUGAAGGAGGCUCAAGCCCGGGUCCUGAGGGCCACGUCCUUCAAGCGUCGCGACUUGGACCCCAGCCCAGCUGACCAGUAUCCAGGGUCACCAGAACACAGGACUGGGGACCACGGCACCUCGUGCUUGUUGCCCGGGGGUCCGGACCCUGUCUCCUACUUUUCGGAGGCGGGCCUCGCCAAGCCUCUGUCAUCUGGAAGUGGCAUGCCCCACGUCUCCCGCAUCGGAGGCAGGAAACGGUUCACUGCAGAGCAGAAACUGAAGUCCUACUCCGAACCCGAGAAAAUGAAUGAGGUGGGCCUCUCAGGGAACUGCAGUCCUCACCAGUACCCCAGUACGUCCGAGGAUACUGUGGGCACCUUUGCUGACAGGUGGAAGUUUUUCGAGGAAACAAGCAAACCCAUUCAUCAGAGGCCUAGGCAGAGACAAGCUCUUUGGGGAUUCACAAGAGAGAAGCCCGAGAGGCUGUGGACAGCAGACCAUGGGUGCGAGGGCACUGAGCCUUGGUUCCGGAAGAGGUCGAACACCACAUCUUCUGGAGAAAGCCUCCACGGUCACAGAAAAGUGGACAAGGCAGGGAAAUUGGAACCACCAGGGAGGCUCGGAACCUUUGCAGAGUAUCAAGCCUCUUGGAAGGAACAGAGGAAACCUCUGGAAGCCAGGAGUUCUGGGCGGUAUCACUCUGCAGAUGACAUUCUGGAUGUGGGUCUGGACCAACAGGAGAGGCCGCAGUAUAUCCAUGGAAGGUCCCGGUCGUCGCCGUCCACAGACCACUACAAACAGGAAGCGUCUGUCGAACCGCGAAGGCAGGCAGAGGACCCUGGUGAGCACAGAGAAGAACUUCCCUCCACAGUGUGUGCCCCGGAGGGACAUUCCACUCCGAGACAAGCAGAUGCCCAGCGUCGCGAAGGCAGUUCAGGAGCACAGCCGUCCGGGAGCACGUUCUCGGAAUCACCUCGCACCCAGGAAGCCCCAGAGCUGCCCCGGGAGGGCCGGGGCCGAGCGGGGACCCUGCCUCGCGAUUAUCGAUACUCGGAGGAGAUCGCACCGGCAGAUUCGCCCCCGCCCGCCCAGGGACAGGACUCGCAGCCGCUGAGCGCGGCCCCAUCCGCCAAGAAGUCCGCCCCGCAGCGGCCGCCGCCGCCCCGCCGCCCACCCAGGCCGCGCAGGGGCCCGGACGCCACACCUGCCGCACCUGCCGACGCGCACCUGGCCCUGCCCGCCGCGCCCCUCCCGCCGCCGGCCCCCGCGGCCCUGGACGUGGCCUUGAGCCGCUUAUCCCUCUCCACCAGCCCCUCUGUGUCCAGCAGUGCCCAGCCCCAGGACGCUCCGACGGCUGCCUGCCAGCGCGACAGCCAGCAUGUGAGCGGGGACACGCCCGGUCCUCAGCCAGAAGCGCCGCUCCCUUGCACGCCCCUGCACCUGCACGCAGCCGCCAUGGAGACCUCUCGCUCCCCUUCUCCACAGUUUGCCCCCCAGAAGCUGACGGACAAGCCUCCCCUGCUCGUCCAGGAUGAGAGCUCCAGCAGAAUCGAGCGGGUGAUGGGCAACAACACCACGGUGAAGAUGGUGCCCAUCAAGAUCGUGCACUCGGAGAGCCGGCCCGAGAAGGAGAGCCGUCAGAGUCUGGCGUGCCCAGCCGAGCCGCCCGCCCUGCCCAGCGGCCUGGAGAGACACCAGAUCAAGACGCUGAGCACGCCGGAGCAGUCCUACUCCCGCUUCUGCGUGUACACGCGGCAGGGCCCUGAGCCCAAGCCCCCCAGCACCCCUGCGCCCCUUCCCGGUCUAGGCUACGUGAGGGCCAAAGAGAAGACCGUGGAAGAGCUGAAGUCAGAGGCACUGGCCAGGGAGAUUGUGGGGAAGGAUAAGUCCCUGGCCGAUAUCCUGGAUCCCAGUGCAAAGAUUAAAACCACCAUGGACUUGAUGGAAGGGAUCUUCCCCAAGGACGAGCACCUCCUGGAAGAAGCCCAGCAGCGGAGGAAGCUGCUCCCCAAGGUCCCCUCCCCGAGGACCGCAGAGGAGAAGAAAGAGGAGCCGAGUGUGCCGGCAGCCAUGUCCCUGGCCACCAACUCCACUUAUUACAGCACAUCAGCCCCUAAAGCUGAGCUGCUGAUCAAGAUGAAGGACCUACAAGAGCAGCAGGAGCCCGAAGACUACUCAGGGAGCGACUUGGACUAUGACCUGUCAGUGAAGAAGCAGGAGCUCAUCGAGAGCAUUGGUCGCAAGCUGCAGGUGCUCCGGGAAGCCCGGGAGAGCCUGCUGGAGGACAUCCAGGCCAACAAUGCGCUGGGGGAUGAGGUGGAGGCCAUCGCCAAAGACGUCUGCAAGCCCAACGAGUUUGACAAGUUCCGCAUGUUCAUCGGGGACCUGGACAAAGUGGUGAACCUUCUGCUGUCACUGUCAGGCCGCCUGGCCCGGGUGGAAAAUGCCCUGAACAAUCUGGAUGACAGCCCUUCUCCUGGAGAUCGGCAAUCGCUGCUCGAGAAGCAGAGAGUCCUCAUCCAGCAGCACCAGGAUGCGAAGGAACUCAAAGAGAACCUGGACCGCCGCGAGCGCGUCGUGUUUGACAUCCUGGCCAGCUAUCUCGGCGAGGACAGCCUCGCGGACUACGAGCACUUCGUGAAGAUGAAGUCAGCCCUCAUCAUCGAGCAGCGGGAGCUGGAGGAUAAAAUACGCCUUGGCGAAGAGCAGCUCAAGUGCUUGUCCGACAGCCUUCAGCCCGAGAGAGGCAAAUAA